AUGUCUAUGUCUCCGGAAGCGCCACGCUGUGAGAAGAACUGCAAAAUAGCUAGGUCACCACUAAUUUACAAAGGUCAUGUAUAUCACCCGUAUAUCAAAAAUAUAAUAAUUGGAGGGGGAUUGAUGGCAUUGGGUGAAAUUUGUGCUCAGUCACUUAAAAUGUACUUUUUUGUUGCUCCUAACUAUAAUUCAGGCUCCAAUACCGACCUGUGCUCUGUUUGUGAUCAAGAAUCAUCUAAAAAGUCUUGGAUAUAUCUCAUCACAGAUACCAAAAAUUACAACUUCAACACCAUUAUUAGACAGAGUGCUAUCGGAUCGUUCCAAGGAUUCUAUCAAUUUAUAUAUUAUAGUUGGUUAGACAAAGUAUUCUCUGGAGUGUCGUUGACUAUAGUCGCAAAGAAGGUGUUGUUAGAUGAAGUGUUAAUAGGACCUAUAAGCCUGGCGAUAUUUUUUCUUUAUAACGGAUAUUGUGACACGUGCACGAUGGCUGGAGCUUUUCAGCGGUGUCGUCAAUCAUUUCUUUCAGGUUAUUUGUCAGACUUAGUUUAUUGGCCUAUAUUGCAAACCAUUAACUUCGCCCUUGUUCCUCCUGGAUAUCGUGUCUUAUAUGUCAUAUUUUUCACUAGUCUUUGGAACACUUAUUUAUGUUUCUUUAAUGCUCGUAUGGGCCGCAGUGGUUCCGGGAUCGAAAACAACCGAUAA